GCUGUCCGGGCUGGGACUUUUCCCCUGCAGGGUUUGUGACCGUCUGGGCUGUAGGUUGCUGCAAUCAGACGUUGUUGAACUUGGUUCAACUCAGACCUUGGCGUUUGGCGGCUGCAGUCCUAGACCAGACACUUGGCAGGAGCUUGCUGGGAGAACUGGGUGAAGCUCAGCGUGACCGGGGUCAGGCGGAGCUGGAGUUCGUGCAGAUCCUCAUCAUCGUGGUGGUAAUGAUGGUGGUGGUGGUGGUGAUCACGUGCCUGCUGAACCACUACCGGCUAUCACCGCACUCGCUCAUCAGCCGGCACAGCCAGGCCCGCCGGAGGGGCGACACCCUCGCCUCGGAAGGCUGCCUCUGGCCCUCGGAGAGCACCGUGUCAGGAGGCGGAAUCCCGGAGCCGCAGGUCUACGCCCCGGCCCGGCCCGCUGACCGCCUGGCCGUGCCACCCUUCGCGCAACGGGGCCGCUUCCACCGCUUCCAGCCCACCUACCCGUACCUGCAGCACGACAUCGACCUGCCGCCCACCAUCUCCCUGUCGGACGGCGAGGAGCCCCCGCCCUACCAGGGCCCCUGCACCCUCCAGCUGCGGGACCCCGAGCAGCAGCUGGAGCUGAACCGGGAGUCAGUGCGCGCGCCCCCCAACAGAACCGUCUUCGACAGCGACCUGAUGGACAGCGCCCUGCUGGGCGGCCCCUGCCCCCCCAGCAGUAACUCGGGCAUCAGCGCCACGUGCUACGGCAGCGGCGGGCGCAUGGAGGGGCCGCCGCCCACCUACAGCGAGGUCAUCGGCCACUACCCCGGCUCCUUCCAGCACCAGCAGAGCAGUGGGCCGCCCCCCUUGCUGGAGGGGACCCGGCUGCACCACACGCACCUCGCCCCCCUGCAGAGCGCGGCGGUCUGGAGCAAGGAGAAGGAUAAACAGAAGGGGCACCCCCUCUAGCAGCCCCGGAGCUGGGGGCGGGCCUGGGGGGGCAGCGAGGGGCGGGGACCGCCGCCCGCUGUAUAAAUACUCUGUGUUCUGUGUGGUCUGGAUGCACAAGCUGAGAGAGCUUGCAAAAAACAAAAACAAAAAACCCCCACGUUCCUUUGUCGAGCUGUGUCUUGAAGGCAAAGAGAAACCUGCAUAGAACUUUGUGUUUCUAUCUGAGCUGCGUGCGCGAAUGCUUGUUCCUUCUGUUUAUGAUGUCACUAAACUUUGAAGACGUAUUUGCACAAAACCUUUAAAAACCUGCAAUAUUAUAUAUAAAUAUAUAUAAACUAAGAGGAGCUGUACGUGCGAGGGCAGGAGUAUUUUUGUAUUAGAAGAGUCCUAUUAAAGUUGUUUUCUGAACUAGAAGAGGGGGAAAAAAAGGCAAUUUUGAGUGCCAACUCGGGAAGCGUGUAUUACCUUGUUAAGCAGUUACAAAGCAGGGGUCUAGAGUUAUUUAUAUAAAUGUUGAGAUUUUGCACUAUUUUUUAAUAUAAAUGUGUCAGUGCUGUUUGGAUGACAACUUCUACCGUGUCUGUUGAGAGAUGUUGGAGCUUCAGAGGCCAGGCAGAGGGCGAGCUGGCCCCCCGGGUGCGGAGCGGGCGGGAUCCCGAGGGCCACCGGGCUGAUGCCCUGUCCGGGGGUCCCCACGCGACACACUCCCUCCCGAAGGGAUACGUUUCCCCGCUCCGGGCCACGGCAGCCUUGGAGGAAAGUUGUGGAGGUGCCAGCUUCCAGGGGGUGCUUCUGCCUUUCUCCAGCUGAAAUAAACCGUUGCUGAAGGCGUCCUAGUUACUUUCCUGCUCUUUUUUUUAAUCGUGAAGGUCCCCGCAGGGCAGGGGCGCACCAGAGGGCUGCGGCUGAGGGUUGGCAACGCUCCGGUGCCUGUCCAGCCGGCUGGGGUCGGUGCUGUGCACUGGCGUGGUGGCGAGGUUUAACCUCGUCCCUGUCUGUCCCCUUACGUAUCUGGCCUCACGGCGUGGCCGAGGCGCUCCUGCCUUGUGCAGCCCCCUUGCUGUCUCCUCCGUGGAGACGGCCAUUCCGGAGUUGUUGGUUGCUUUGUGUUUCUCUGGCGUUUUGUUUUUUGGUUUUGUUUCUGAGGACCUGCGGGGUUGGCAGGAGCCCCGGCUGGUGGCCGGCAGGUGGGAACGCAGGAGUCGGGACAGGAGGAGAGCGCACGCGAGGGCACUUGGGCUCUGCCAGGGACCAGGACCCGUGCCUGGGGUCUCUGCUGCCCGCUGCAGACUCGCUGACACCCCUGCCGUGCCCUGGAGGGGUCUCCCCAUGUGGGGCCGAACGCUGACGUGGGCUAACACGGGAGAGGCGAGGCAGGCGGUGCACCUGUUGUAUGUAGCGAAGCAGCUUUUUUAUUACUUGAAACCCAGUGUUGGAGUUCUGACCCUUUGAGCUCUAUCCCCAGGUGUUGAAGGCGGCGGGUGGCGGUGCGUGGGUCAUGGGUCCCCUGCGCUCCCCGCAGAGGCCUCGUGCCUGCUCUGGGCGUGCUUCUCCUCUCAGGGGAGCCCUUUUCCAAAGCCGUGCGCAGAAACCCAUCCAGUUUGUCGGGAGAGGUGUGGGCCAGUGCUUGGCGAGGUGUGUGCACCCGUCUUUCCUUCCUGGCCAGUGUCUCUGUGCCUUACUGAGGCGGCCCUGGCCCCUUGUCUCGGGCAGGGACUUAUGGCCGGUGCCCUGCUCGUCGGCACUGGCAUCCCUUCCCGAGGUCCGCAGGAACGCCUGCUUCCCCUCCGUCAUCCCCGUCACCCUGUGUCCCUCCCAUCCCAACAGUGGAUGUGCCCAGCUUGGCGAGAGGCCCCUUCCUGGCCCUUUUUGUCGGGGACCCUGGAUCACUCUCACUUGGGCCGGAAGCCCCCAAGUGAGGCUCCUUUGCAUGCGUGGCAUCCUUGAGCUGGACUGGGGGUCUCGGCGGGUGGCCGUCUUGGCUGGCUUUGCUCGGAGUGGAGGGGGGGAGGCAGAAAGGGGGCUGGCCUCAGCUGGCUUGAGGGCACAGCCGCCUCUGAUGACGGGCAGGGCUGUGGCCCUGAGACUCCUGCCCGCUGCGUGACAGAAGCGUAGGAGGGGAGCAGCGCCCGUCAGAGACUGGGCCGAUUCCCCCACGUCAGAGUGGGGGGCUGCUGCCUGAGCCUAGCUCCUGGCUGCCCUGCGGGACCCAGAGCCCUGGGGUCUGCCGCCCGGUUCCUUGAUGUCAUUGUCCUGUCUGUGUCUUUGCAGUGCCUCUUGGGAAGGCCCCACCUUGCACUCGGAAGUUCAGUGGGGUCCUUGGAAGUGGCUGGUUUGAGAGGGACCAGGCUGGUUUGGGGGGACGCUGCUCACCCAGGCUCCAGAGCUUUCUCUCCCCUCCCCCGUCUGUCAGUCUCUCCCGCAUGUCAGUCACCACGUUUCUUCCCCCGGAAGUCCUUUCCCCUUCAAAGCCUGGAUCUGAGCCCGCAGACUUAGCCGAUCGCUCUAAGCACCGCCCAGGUUCCCCAAAGCCCAGGGUUUUUGCAAAAUCCACAGCGGCCUCUCCCCAGCAGGGCGGGGCGAGGACGGGCUCCACUUCCUGUCCUGGCAGCUCGUUCCGCAGGGAGGGGCACGGGGAACACGAAUUGCACCUUUCCCUUGUGUGCCACGCAUCCGGUGAUGAGGACCGAAGUCGCGUUGUGCUGUGUGUUUCGGGGAACCUCGCCGAGGUGGCACCGGCGCCGAGGCUGUGUUCCGGCCCCGGGCCACGCUUCCCGCCCUGUCUCCCGCGUUGUUCACCUUAAACUUGUGCGGCUGGCCCAGACUCUGUACCUGGCGGCCCGCCCCCAGGCCUGAAGGAAUUGCUUGUUGUAUCAGUAAUCGUCAGUGGCAAUGAUGACUUCGAAAAGCUGCAAUACUUACCCAAUAAAUUUUACAAUU